CUGCCCCUAGCAGGACCCAGAGAGCGGCUCCCCUCCCGGCAGGAGCAUGGAUAAUCUAAGUGACGCCUUGAAGAAGCUGAAGAUAACAGCCGUAGACAGUACAGCAGAUAGCUUGGAAGGAUGCUUGGAUUGCCUGCUUCAAGCCCUGGCUCAAAACAAUACGGAGACAAGUGAAAAAAUCCAAAAAAGUGGAAUUCUUCCGGUGUUUGCAAGUCUGUUGACUCCACAAUCUUCCUGCCCAGCAAAAGUAGCUAACAUCAUAGCAGAAGUAGCCAAAAAUGAAUUUAUGAGGAACUCAUGUGUGGAUGCUGGGUUGAUCCCUCCACUGGUACAGCUCUUAAACUGCAAAGACCAGGAAGUGUUGCUUCAGACAGGACGUGCUCUGGGCAAUAUAUGCUAUGAUAGCCAUGAGGGCAGGAGUGCAGUUGACCAUGCAGGUGGUGCACAGAUUGUAGUAGACCAUUUAAGGUCACUGUGCAGUAAAACAGAUCCAGCCAAUGAGAAGCUCUUGACUGUCUUUUGUGGCAUGCUGAUGAACUAUAGCAAUGAGAAUGAUACCCUGCAAUCUCAGCUUAUCAAUAUGGGUGUUAUCCCUACAUUAGUGAAAUUGUUGGGCAUUCAUUGCCAAAAUGCAGCUCUCACGGAAAUGUGCCUUGUUGCAUUUGGCAAUUUAGCAGAACUUGAAUCAAGCAAAGAGCAGUUUGCCUACACAAACAUUGCGGAGGAGAUUGUAAAACUAUUUAAGAAACAAAUAGAACAUGACAAAAAAGAGAUGAUUUUUGAAGUUUUGGCUCCUCUGGCAGAAAAUGAUAUAAUUAAACUUCAGCUGGUUGAAGCAGGCCUGGUUGAGUGUCUACUUGAGAUUGUCCAGAAGACUGUAGACAGCGACAAAGAGGAUGACAUAGCUGAGCUUAAAACAGCCUCUGAUCUUAUGGUUUUACUACUACUUGGGGAUGAAUCCAUGCAAAAGUUAUUUGAAGGAGGAAAAGGCAGCGUCUUCCAAAGGGUGCUUUCAUGGAUUCCUUCCAACAACCAUCAGCUACAGCUUGCAGGAGCGCUGGCUAUUGCAAAUUUUGCCAGAAAUGAUGGAAACUGCAUCCAUAUGGUGGAUAAUGGGAUAGUUCAAAAGCUGAUGGAUCUCCUAGACAGGCAUGUGGAAGAUGGAAAUGUAACUGUACAGCAUGCGGCACUGAGUGCACUCAGAAACCUGGCUAUUCCUGUUGUAAAUAAGUCUAAGAUGCUAUCAGCUGGCGUUGCAGAAGCAGUACUGAAAUUUCUCAGAUCUGAGAUGCCCCCUGUUCAGUUCAAGCUCCUGGGAACAUUAAGAAUGUUAAUAGAUGCACAAGCAGAAGCUGCUGAACAGCUGGGAAAGAAUGUGAAAUUGGUUGAACGGUUGGUGGAAUGGUGUGAAGCCAAGGAUCAUGCAGGAGUGAUGGGGGAGUCAAACAGACUGCUUUCUGCACUUAUACGACAUAGCAAAUCAAAAGAUGUAAUUAGGACUAUUGUUCAGAGUGGUGGCAUCAAGCAUUUAGCUACCAUGGCAACAAGUGAACAUGUAAUAAUGCAGAACGAAGCUCUUGUUGCUCUGGCACUAAUAGCAGCAUUAGAAUUAGUCACUGCUGAGAAGGACCUCGAAAAUGCUAAACUAGUUCAGAUUCUACACAGACUGCUCUCAGAUGAGAGGAGUGCUCCAGAAAUCAAGUACAACUCCAUGGUGUUGAUUUGUGCUCUCAUGGCAUCUGAACCCCUUCACAAGGAAAUGCAGAGCCUGGCAUUUCUAGAAGUUGUAUCCAAACUCCGCAGCCAUGAGAACAAAACUGUUGCCCAGCAGGCCUCACUAACAGAGCAGAGACUUGCAGUAGAAAGCUGAGAAAAGUCUCCUGUUCCCACACAGCAUCCCAUCAUGGAUUUCACCUUUGUCCUCUGUCCUGCUGCCACUCCUGCUAUGUUUUCCACUGUAUCACUUGUGCAUGCAUGUAAUGUUCCCACACAAAUUGAUGAACUGCUGUAGGUACCUGUCCAAUAAGGUUUCUAAAAUCCAUAGGUGGUGUUAACAUAAAUCUGUCAGAAACAAGUCUCCACCCAUAAAUGUUCUACUUGUAUUCUUGUUGCUUGGGCCACACAGUAGAAUGUGCAUGUUGUAGUCCUAUGCUGAAGUAAAAGUGGUACUACAUGACGACUCCUUUCUCUCACCCUGAACUGCAUAACAACAUACUGCUAACUUAGGGACAAUACAGGAGGCAGCAAGUCCAGGCUAUAAUGUUGAUGAUGAUAGGAUUCAAUAGUAAAUCUAGCUCCAUUUUUGGUGCUUUGGAAACAUAGGUAUGAAUGGAACGUGUUGCUGCUCAUUUUCACUGGUCUUGCCUAGUAAUGUCAAACUCAUGGUACCUAGAGGUAACAAAUAAAAUACCAGUGCUCUCACAUUUUA